CUUUUCGAGACCAGCCUCCAAAAUGGCUACUCAGAUAUCAAAGAAGAGGAAGUUUGUCGCUGAUGGCGUAUUCAAAGCUGAAUUGAAUGAGUUCUUAACCCGUGAGCUAGCUGAGGAUGGGUACAGCGGUGUUGAGGUUCGUGUGACUCCAACCAGGACAGAGAUCAUCAUCCUGGCCACACGCACCCAGAGUGUCCUUGGGGAGAAGGGCAGGCGCAUUAGGGAGCUCACUGCUGUUGUGCAGAAGAGGUUCAACUUUGCUGACAAUACAGUUGAGCUGUAUGCUGAGAAGGUUGCCACUCGUGGUCUGUGUGCCAUUGCCCAGUGCGAGUCCCUUCGGUACAAGCUAAUCGGAGGUCUAGCUGUCAGGAGGGCCUGCUAUGGAGUUCUGCGCUUCAUCAUGGAGAGUGGCGCCAAGGGUUGUGAAGUUGUGGUCUCCGGCAAGCUCCGUGGUCAGAGGGCCAAGUCCAUGAAGUUUGUUGAUGGUCUGAUGAUUCACAGUGGUGCUCCUGUCAGGGACUACGUGGAUGUGGCCAUCAGGCACGUCAUGUUGAGGCAGGGUGUGCUUGGGAUCAAGGUGAAGAUCAUGCGUCCAUUUGAUUCAACUGGCAAGACUGGACCCAAGAAACCACUCCCUGAUGUCAUCAGCAUCUCGGAACCCAAGGAUGAGGAAGCACCUACUCAGCCAUGGUCAGAACAGAAGGGAGCUCCCAAGCCCAUGGAUCAGCCCCAGCAGCCACCCCAGCCAGGCCAGCAACCCCCAGCCCCACAGCAACCCAUGCCAGGUGCUGCCCCAGUUGCCCAGCAGCCACCACCACCCCAGCAGCAACCCAUGAUGUGAACAACUUCUCUCUACUUCAGAUGACUACUGGAUAUCUGCAUCAAAAGAACAUGGAUGCACCAGGCAUUGUAAUGUAAAUAAAAAGGAUAUUACAUGCCAAAAA